UUAAUUAAUUUGUAAAAAAAUUUUGUUAUUGAUCCUAGACAUCAAUGAUAAUAAAUGCAAGUGUCAAGCUGUUUCAGAGUGGUUGUUAGUUUUUCGUGCUACACCUGGUGUUGGUGGUGACGUUUACACAGCGUGGAUCAAUGGUACCUCCGUUACAACCGAUGACGUCACAUGCAUGACAACUGAUGUCACUUCCUGUAGUCAACAUUACCGCAACCCUAUAGUAGAUUCAUGGGCUUCAAUCGGAAUGACAAAGGCCAAGUUCGCAUUUUAUAAAAACAAUGCCGAAGUAGCUUACGUCAUAUUUGAUGCAACCGGAAGUGACGUCACAAGCUGGUUUCAUAAUACUAAAAUAAUAGAGUCAUCAUGGCCGAACAUGAAAUCAGACACCUUCAAUUACUUUUCUAUUUUGGGACACGAACCAGGCCGAAGAUUUUUCAUAAACCGUAUCUAUAGCGGAUGCGUGGGAGACAAUGGAUAUGCACUUACGUUAACAUCCCAUGGUCAUGGCUGCUCAUUUGAUUAUCAGAGUACUUACCCUCAGUUUUUGUACGCAAACUCUACGACAUAUGCAUACUUUGAAGCGAUGGAAGGUUCUAGUCCUUAA